AUGAUAGAAAUUAAGACCAAACCCGUCGUGUCCCGUCUGGUUGGGACAAAGCUCUUCAGCUCUAUCCUCUUCCCGUCAUGCCAAAGUGCUCAGUGUAAAACCACAGCCAAGGCCGACAUCGUGCUGUUGGUGGACGACUCCUCAAGCAUCUCACCUUCCACCUUUAAAACCAUCAAGAACUUUCUCGCUGAUAUUGUCAGCAACUUCGACAUCGGCCCAGACAGAGUCCAGAUUGGUCUGGUUCAGUACAAUCAUUACCCAAGGACCGGGUGGCACCUGAACACCUACAAGACCAAAGGUUCCCUGCUGAAGGCCAUAACCAAUCUGGAACAACAAGCAGGAGACACUAAGAUAGGACGUGCUCUGAACUACACCCUUAAAGAGAACUUUAAACCCAAUGUGGGAAUGCGAGCAGACUCCAAAAACAUUGCUGUCUUGAUCACUGAUGGAGAGUCCAACGACGACACACUCCUACCCUCAAUGAAACUGAAGCGAGCUGGCAUUGAGAUCUACGCUAUUGGUGUGGAUCACGUCAACAUAGGGCAGCUGGGAUCCAUUGUCUCUUAUACAGCAGAAACUCACAUGUACUAUGUUCGUGAGUCCUCAAACCUCUGGGACAUUUUCAAGAACUUCAUCAUCAACAUCUGUAACAGCAUAAAUAACUUAGACUCUGUCAGGCUGGUGAAUGGGACCAGUCUGUGCUCAGGCAGACUGGAGGUGAAGACUAACCAGUCUACCCAGCGCUGGUCUUCAGUGUGUGAAGAUGACUUUGACCAGCAGGAUGCAGAGGUGGUCUGUAGGGAGCUUGGCUGUGGGGCUCCUUCAGUCCUCCAGGGGGCACUCUAUGGAGAAGUUGAGGCUCCAAUGAGAACCAAAGUGUUCCAGUGUGGAGGCAACGAGUCUGCUCUCCUGGACUGUAGAAGCUCAGGCUCAGAUAGAAACGUCACCUGCGCACCUGGAAAAGCUGUUGGACUCAACUGCUCAGAACCUGUCAGGUUGGUGGGAGGAUUCAGUCGCUGUACUGGAACAGUGGAGGUGAAACGAGGAGACUGGAGACCAGUGGAUGUCUCUGAUUGGACCCUGAAGGAAGCAGCGGUAGUCUGUGAAGAGCUGGAAUGUGGCUCUCCUGUUUCAGCAGGAAUAAGAAAUGAGUCCUUAUCCAAAUCUGCAUGGAAGAUCAGUCCUAACUGUAUUCACUCUGGGUAUACCCUGAGAGAGUGUGUAACAUCAGGUUCCUCUUCCUCCAUCAUGAAGAUCACCUGCUUAGAGCCUGUCAGGUUGGUGGGAGGAUCGAGCCACUGUGCAGGAACACUGGAGGCAAAACGAGGAGACUGGAGACCAGUGGAUGUCUCUGAUUGGACCCUGAAGGAAGCAGCGAAAUAA